UUUUAAAUAUAAUUUUCUUUUAUAAUGCUGCCAGUGAUACAAUGCAUAUUACGAGAUCUCUUUAAUCAUCUGCAGGUGACGCAGCGAUUGGUUGUUUGCUGCUUCAGCUUAUUGGCCGUCAUCAAUGCCUAUGCAAUACGCUUGUGCUUGGAUUUCACACUCCAGCGUAUUGUGCGGGACUCCAACAAGUUGAAGGUGGAAGGAGAACUGGAACUGGGCAGCCCCAGCAAUCCACCGACAAGGCAAAGGGGAGGCGGAAGCCCUACAAAUCAACCGCAACACAAAAACACACUGCAAAUUAAGUUGCCACAAAAUCUUUUUAUUACUACGUCGAACAGCACCGAUAUCUGGUCAAAGGAGGUGCAAGCUUUGGUCUCCAUAUCCUUCUAUGCAGGUUAUAUGAUUACCCACAUUCCUGGCGGCCGUUUGGCGGAACGUUACGGUGGCAAAUGGAUUCUGGGUGGCUCCAUAUUAUUGUCAGCAAUGCUGACGCUGCUGACGCCAACAAUUGUGCGCAAUGGUGGCCCCAACGCCCUGAUCUUUCUGCGCCUGCUAAUUGGCGUCUGCGAGGGGCCAACAUUUCCAGCGAUUAGCGUUUUGCUGGCCCAAUGGGUGCCAGAGAAGGAGCGCGCACUGCUAUGUAGCUGUGUCCUAAGUGGUGGCGAAAUUGGCACCACAUUCACGCAUCUGGUCAGUGGAUUUGGGCUCAACGAUCAGGAUUGGGCUGUGGCCUUCUAUGUAGUUGGCAGUGGUGCGUUGCUCUGGUUUGUUGGUUUCGUCUUGGUCUGUUACAGCAGUCCGGAUGCCUCGCCUUAUAUCGAAAGCGGCGAGCUGGACUACAUCAGAGACCAGGUCAGCGCAACAUUGGUGAAUGAAGAUGCGGGGGCCAGUGGAAAUGUGCCCUGGAGCAGCAUGCUCAUGAAUGCACCCAUUUGGGCACUGGUCGUGGCCAAUAUGCAACACGACUGGAGUCAACAGAAGUUGGCCAAAGAGCUAGUACAGCUCCUGGAUGAACUGGAAAGGAAUGGCAAAACCAUAUGGAUGGAACUCGAGUCCAGUUUGCAGCUAAUUGCGCCUCAUCUGUGCAGCUGGUUGGCCUCGAUCAUAUCCGGAUCGUUGAGUGACUAUCUGAUUGAUAAGGGCAUAUUGAGUCGGACGCAGACGCGACGUUUAAUGUCCUGGCUGGUCUUUGUCAGCAUUUCCAUGCAUUUGGUGCAUCACCAGGAAUCCUUCGCACGUUCAUGGAUCAUUCUGGCAUUUGGUGCAUAUUAUGCGGGCAUCAAGCUGCUCCCGCUGGACAUGAGUCCUAAUUUCGCCGGCACCCUGAUGGGUAUCUCCAAUGGCCUGGGCGCCUUGCCUGGCCUGCUGAUGCCACUGUUGCAGCAACUGGAAUCAGAGUACGCUAUUGUGGGCACCAUUCGUGCCGCAUUAUGGUUAGUCUGUGCCGGCUAUAUAUCGGGCGAUGUGCAGUCCUACAAUGAGAUGCCCAUUCGCGUCUGAAAUGCUCUCAUAUUGUUAAUUAUAAAUGUUUAUAUUGAUUACAACCUAGACUAAAAUUUAA